AUGGUUCGCGGAGAGGUUUCCCAGACCAAGGUCACUUACAAGAUCGCCAACAGCGAGUUCAGCGUUCUCGUUGAGGACCCCGAGACCUACAAGAAGUGGCAGGACGACAAGAGCGUUCCCCUCGCCCACUUCAUCUCCGCCUUCAAGAUCUUCAUCGGCAACAGCCAUCUGGACACCGCCUCCAAGCAGGAGCUUGAGAACGCCUUUGGCAGCGAGGACGAGGACAAGGUCAUCAAGCAGAUCCUUGAGAAGGGUGACGCCCAGCCCUACGAGAUGGCCGGCCGCCAGGGACCGAAGAAUGACUCCAAGGGCCCCAUGGCCGCUCACUAG